AUGGAGUACGGCGACGACUACGACGACUUUGCGGCGAUGGGCCUCGAUAUCCCGCAUCCGUACGUCGAAGAAGACCGGACACGGCUCGACGACGUCCUCGGCGACGCCAAACGGCUCAUAAAAGACAUCGAGUCGAUGAAGGCGGCCGAUCGUGGAGGAGGCGCCGGUGGCUCGGGCGGAGACGAGCUCCCGGCGGGCAUGGGCGUCCGCGCGGGCGGCGACGCCGACGAAUCGGCGCCUUGCUGCCGCACGACCGGGCCUUGCGCGUGGGAUCGCGUGUGCGAGGUCCACCUGAAGGACUGGGAGAAGGCGUCGGGGGGCGAGAAGUACUGCGACUGGCUCAGGCGGAACGGGCACACCGUGCCGGCGUGGAUGCAGGGCGCCAAGCCGGGCCAACGCGGCUCCAACGCGUCGCACGCGGCGGCGGGGGUGUUCUUCGCGCCGGAGAAGCGACCGGACGCCCUCUCGGACGUGGCGGUAUCGGAGUACGGGGAGUACUGGGACGGGGGCGCAGCGGACGUGGAGCCCGAGCCCCUGGCGUUUCCGAUGAUGGACGACGACGACGACGAGUUUGCGUAUCCACCGCCCGCCAGCGCGACGCAGACGCGGGAGACGAACGGCGGCGCGAAAGAUGAACCCCACAGCGGGCCGGAGACGCCGUCGUUGGGCCCGGUGGUGGACGAAGGGCGACACGACGGCGCUCACGAGGUUGCGGUUGGGUCCGUCGGUGAGGCUGAGUUUGCGGAGCUGGCGGAGGAUGCGUAUGGGGUUGGGGACGGGCGCGCGGGGCGCGGGACGCUUGGGGGAAAGCGCGGGAGGGAAGAGAGCGCGUGA